AUGUGCUUCUCUUCAGUCUCUCACGCGUUUAUGGCUAAGUUUGGACUGUCUCCCUUCUUGGUGCUUUUCUUGUUGCUGAGUGGUGGUGCAGUAAGAGGCCAAAAUGGGAGUGGGAGAGAAAUGGUGCCUGCCAUGUUCAUCUUUGGUGACUCUCUCAUUGACAAUGGCAACAACAACAACCUUCCUUCCUUUGCUAAGGCCAACUAUUACCCUUAUGGCAUCGACUUCAAUGGAGGCCCUACUGGUCGCUUCUCAAAUGGCUACACCAUGGUUGAUGAGAUAGCUGAACUGCUUGGACUUCCCUUGAUUCCUGCAUACUCAGAAGCCUCAGGGAAUCAAGUGCUUCAUGGAGUAAACUAUGCUUCAGCUGCUGCUGGAAUCCUUGAUGCCACUGGCAGAAACUUUGUUGGGCGCAUACCAUUUGAUCAGCAAAUAAGGAAUUUUGAGAAUACAUUAAAUCAAAUAACUGGGAAUCUUGGAGCAGACAAUAUGGCCACAGAGCUUGCACAAUGCAUAUUCUUUGUUGGAAUGGGCAGCAAUGACUACCUUAACAACUACCUUAUGCCUAAUUACCCCACCAGAAAUCAGUACAAUGGACAACAGUAUGCUGAUCUCCUGGUUCAAACAUAUGACGAGCAGCUGAGAAGGCUUUACAAUCUUGGAGCAAGGAAAUUUGUGAUUGCUGGACUGGGGCAAAUGGGGUGUAUUCCAAGCAUACUGGCUCAAAGCAUGACUGGAAGCUGCUCUGAAGAAGUUAACAUGCUAGUGCAACCUUUCAAUGAAAAUGUGAAGACCAUGUUGGGCAAUUUCAAUGCUAAUCUACCUGGUGCCAGAUUCAUAUUCGCUGACACUUCCCGCAUAUUCCAGGACAUCCUUCUCAAUGCUAGAUCUUAUGGGUUUAGUGUUGUAAAUAGAGGGUGCUGUGGCAUUGGAAGAAAUAGAGGUCAAAUAACAUGUCUUCCAUUCCAAACACCAUGCCCUAACAGAAAUCAGUAUGUCUUCUGGGAUGCAUUCCACCCAACAGAAGCAGUGAACAUUCUGAUGGGAAGAAUAGCUUUUAAUGGAAACCCCAAUUUUGUUUAUCCUAUAAACAUAAGGCAACUUGCUGAGCUAUGA